GGAAAAGGGUGUCUCACCUGGAGCUCAAACUGACAGAAGGGACGCCCCACUUCCACCAAGAGGAGACGGCAGUGGGUUAUGCAAGAGACACGCCGGAAUGACUAGGAGCAUGAUGUCUGCAACCUAUUCUCAGGUUAUCACCAGAGCUAGUGUGUUUGCCUACGGCUAUGGCCGUUGAUGGAUGGAUACAGGAUACCUUUCCUCAUUUCAACAGAUGAACUGAAGUCCAGAGAGGUCGAAUGACCUGCCCAAAUCACACAGCAAUUUAGACAAGAGACAGAAGAUGCCGGGUCUCAGGGUCUUUUUCAAUACAAACAAAGCAAGUUAUUUUAUGAGUGUGAGAUGUUCGGUACAUUAAAAAGCUGUGUACAGAUGGAGAUGUCCAGUUACUGACCCUCAAAACAACCAAUAAAGUCUUUUGAAAGGAAAAAAUGAAUUAAAAAUAAGAGAAAAGAUGCUGCAAUGAACAUGCGGUCAGAUGUCCCUGGGAAUUAGCGUUUUUGCAUCUCCAGAGACUGAUGGAGAGGCAGAGACGGAAGGCCGACAUCGAGAAGGGGCUGCAGUUCAUUCAGUCGACACUACCCCUAAAGCAAGACGAAUAUGAGGCCUUUCUGCUCAAGCUGGUACAGAACCUGUUUGCCGAGGGCAAUGACCUGUUCCGGGAGAAGGACUACAAGCAGGCGCUGGUGCAGUACAUGGAGGGCCUGAACGUGGCCGACUACGCCGCCUCCGACCAGGUGGCCCUGCCCCGGGAGCUGCUGUGCAAGCUGCAUGUCAACAGGGCCGCCUGCUACUUCACCAUGGGUCUGUACGAGAAGGCACUGGAGGACAGCGAGAAGGCGCUGGGCCUGGAUGGGGAGAACAUCCGGGCCCUGUUCCGCAAGGCGCGCGCCCUCACGGAGCUGGGGCGCCACAAGGAGGCCUACGAGUGCAGCAGCCGGUGCUCCCUCGCCCUGCCCCACGAUGAGAGUGUGACUCAGCUCGGCCAGGAGCUGGCUCAGAAGCUUGGGCUGCGAGUUCGGAAGGCGUAUAAGAGACCCCAGGAAUUGGAAACCUUUUCUCUGCUCAGCAAUGGCACCGUGGCUGGCGUGGCAGAUCAGGGAACUUCCAAUGGAUUGGGGUCCAUAGAUGACAUCGAAACAGACUGCUACAUGGACCUGCAGGGGUCCUCGGCCCCCCUCUCCUCUACCACCACGAUGCCCCUGUUCCCUCACGUUCUGGACCUGCUGGCCCCCCUGGACAGCAGCAGCAGGGCCCUCCCCGGCACCGAGAGCCUGGACGACUUCUCUGACGGGGACGUCUUCGGGCCGGAGCUGGACACCCUGCUGGACUCCCUGUCUCUGGUCCAGGGCGGCCUCCCUGGCAGCGGUGUGCCCAGCGAGCUGCCCCAGCUGAUACCUGUGUUCCCCGGCGGGACCCCGCUGCUGCCACCGGUCGUGGGCGGCUCCAUCCCCGUCUCCAGCCCGCUGCCCCCGGCCUCCUUCGGCCUCGUCAUGGACCCCUCCAAGAAGCUGACUGCCUCUGUUCUGGAUGCCCUCGACCCCCCGGGCUCGGCCCUGGAUGCCCUGGACUUGCUGCCCUAUUCGGAGACCCGGCUGGAUGCCCUCGACAGCUUUGGCUCGACCCGAGGCUCUCUGGACAAGCCCGAUUCCUUCAUGGAGGAAACCAACACACAGGACCAUCGUCCCCCAAGCAGCACUCAGAAACCAGCCCCCUCGCCAGAGCCCUCCAUGCCCAACACCGCGUUGCUCAUCAAGAACCCCUUAGCUGCCACCCACGAGUUCAAGCAGGCCUGCCAGCUCUGCUACCCCAAAACAGGCCCCAGGGCAGGCGACUACACCUACCGGGAGGGUCUGGAGCACAAGUGCAAGCGGGACACCCUGCUGGGCCGGCUCCGGAGCGCCGAGGACCAGACCUGGAAGCGCAUCCGGCCCCGGCCCACCAAGACCAGCUUCGUGGGCUCCUACUACCUGUGCAAAGACAUGAUUAACAAGCAGGACUGUAAGUACGGAGAUAACUGCACCUUCGCCUACCAUCAGGAGGAGAUCGACGUGUGGACCGAGGAGCGCAAGGGCACCCUCAACCGUGACCUGCUCUUCGACCCGCUGGGGGGCGUCAAGCGCGGCAGCCUCACCAUCGCCAAGCUCCUCAAGGAGCACCAGGGCAUCUUCACUUUCCUCUGCGAGAUCUGCUUUGACAGUAAGCCCCGGAUCAUCAGCAAAGGCACCAAGGACUCGCCGUCAGUCUGCUCCAACCUGGCUGCCAAGCACAGCUUCUACAACAACAAGUGCCUGGUGCACAUCGUCCGCUCCACCUCCCUCAAGUACUCCAAGAUCCGCCAGUUCCAGGAACACUUCCAGUUCGACGUGUGCCGCCACGAGGUCCGCUAUGGCUGCCUGCGGGAGGACAGCUGCCACUUCGCCCACAGCUUCAUCGAGCUCAAAGUCUGGCUGCUGCAGCAGUACUCAGGCAUGACCCACGAAGACAUCGUCCAGGAGUCCAAGAAAUACUGGCAGCAGAUGGAGGCCCACGCGGGGAAGGCCAGCAGCAGCUUGGGCGCCCCACGGACGCACGGACCGAGCACCUUUGACCUGCAGAUGAAGUUCGUGUGCGGCCAGUGCUGGAGGAACGGGCAGGUGGUGGAGCCUGACAAAGAUCUCAAGUACUGCAGUGCUAAGGCCCGACACUGCUGGACCAAGGAGCGGCGGGUCCUCCUGGUGAUGUCCAAGGCCAAGAGGAAGUGGGUGUCGGUGAGGCCGCUGCCAUCCAUUCGCAACUUUCCACAGCAAUAUGACCUCUGCAUCCACGCGCAGAACGGCCGCAAGUGCCAGUACGUGGGGAACUGCUCCUUCGCACACAGCCCCGAGGAGCGGGACAUGUGGACCUUCAUGAAGGAGAACAAGAUCCUGGACAUGCAGCAGACCUACGACAUGUGGCUGAAGAAGCACAACCCAGGGAAGCCCGGGGAAGGGACGCCCAUCAGCUCCCGGGAGGGGGAGAAGCAGAUUCAGAUGCCCACGGACUACGCCGACAUCAUGAUGGGCUACCACUGCUGGCUCUGCGGCAAGAACAGCAACAGCAAGAAGCAGUGGCAGCAGCACAUCCAGUCCGAGAAGCACAAGGAGAAGGUCUUCACGUCGGACAGCGACGCCAGCGGCUGGGCCUACCGCUUCCCCAUGGGGGAGUUCCGGCUGUGCGACAGGCUCCAGAAGGGCAAGGCCUGCCCAGAGGGGGACAAGUGCCGCUGCGCGCAUGGGCAGGAGGAACUCAACGAGUGGCUGGACCGGCGCGAGGUGCUGAAGCAGAAGCUGGCCAAGGCCCGGAAGGACAUGCUCCUGUGCCCGCGGGACGACGACUUCGGCAAAUACAACUUCCUGCUGCAAGAGGACGGGAGCACGGCGGGUGCCGCCCCAGAAGCCCCUGCGGCUGCCACUGUCACCGGGGAAUAGGGCCGGUCGUUGGCCGUGGGAGAAGUCCUAGGGUCAGGGUCGGGGAUGGGGAGGACCUGAUAGAAGGGCCAGGGCGGGGUGGGGGUGCCACCCCAUCAGGCCGCCCCGGGCCCCCUGUAUCUGCUCUGUCCCCACCACCUCCGUGUGCAUAACCAGGUGCACAGGCUGCAGCCACAAGCGGUCCCAGGGCCCUCAUCCUGCUGAAACCCUGGGCAGACCCUCCCCGCCCAACCCCCCCGCUACCCCCACUGUCCUGGUUGGAGAGGGAGGGGUCUGAGUGACCCCUCCGGCUUCAGCCUACAGCUUUAACUUCAGUCUGCCCCUAAAGGGGGCCCAAAGCUCAGGGCUGGGGAGCCUGGGGUCCCCACUUGAAUCUGCAGCAGGAGGGUCCUUCUCCCUGUCCCUUCCUCACCCCACCCACACCUCCCUGGGGCAGAUCAGGGCACCAGAGAGGGCAGGAGGCCCCCAUUAGCUUUAAAAUGCAGCCCCAGGAUGGAGCUUGGGGACAUUGUACCCUGCGGGGCCCCCGUGUUUCCCCUCUGGCUGCAAGAGUCGGGGGGCCUGGGUUGGACAACCCCAGGCCUUGCUGAGGGGCUUGGCUCUCUAGGGAGCCCAGCCCUCUCGCUGCGAGCCUCCGAUGCAGAGUGUGGCUCCUCGGAGUCUCCAGAGAUGACCCAGCCCGGGGCCCUCUCUGAGGAUGGAGAAGCAGCCUGGAAGGGAGGGUGAUCUCCGGGGCCUCCGUCCACGGCGCGAGUCGAGCCGGGACACACCCUGUGGGCGAAAGACUCAGGACCGGGUCUCCCUAGAGCCUCCAGACGCGAGGCCGGAUGCCGCAGCCUCCACAUCCCCGCGAGCUGGGGUCUCGGGCAGCGCUGCCCCCGGGGCUGGGAAGGGAGGCUCAGGGGAGUCUCCUGAGGAUGGGGAGGGUCACAGGGGAGAGGGGAGAGGGCAGCGUCCCUGGGAGCUUGGGUUGUGCAUGAGGUGCUGGGGGGGAGGGAAAAGUGGGGGGAGGCGGAGAGAAGAGACUUGACCCCAGGCAGCGUGGGCCUCUCUUUCUUGGGGACCCGGUGCAGUCCUCUGCCCCCUCUUUCCUGGGCAUAAAGUGGAGACCAUCUUUCCCUGCCCCCCCACCAUCCCCGGCCCUGCCAGCUGCCUGGGACCCCAGCUGACCCCCAGCCCCGCCCUGCCCCCCACACCGUCAUCCCUCUCCUGGGGUGUCUUCAUCCCCCUCCUCUCCACCCCACCCCCCAGGGCAGACCCAGCCUCCCCGGCUCCCUAGACAUUCCAGAAUGCCCCACACCAUUGGCACAAGGAGUGGGGUUCCCCCGGAGGAACUGAGGAGCAAGGCUGGGGUGCAGGGUGAGAUGGAGAGAAUGGAACCCCCCUUAUUUCCCCCCAAGCAAGGUGGCGAUGGCGUGAUGGCGGCCCCGGCCGCGGAGAGCCCCGCUCCUCUGGCCGCCGCUGCCCCACCUGCCCCUGACGACCGCGGCGCGCAUCCUGCCCUUCCUUGCCUCUCGCCCGCGGCAGAGUUGGUGCUGGUGGUGAGGCCGGAGGGGAGGGGAUCACCCCGCGGUGGGGGCCGUGGCCGUGACCGUCGAUGACACCCGUUCUCCCUGCCCCGUGCUGUUGCAGUCCGUCGUCACCAGCCUCGUUUCUAGUGUGUAUAUAUGUCGCCCCCGUGAUGCAUAUAUACACAGGUAUUAAAUAUAUCGCUCUAUAUAAUAUUAUAUAUGUGUGUGGUAUCCAAGGAAUCACUUCUAAUGAGGGCUUAAAGAUAAAGAAUUUAGCCAGAAAAUGCAGCCAUCCUGGGUAAUGAGGAGGGACUGAGGGGCCGUCAGGCCAUUUGGAGGAUGUGGGGGCUGGAGCCAUGAGGCAGGGGUGAUUUGGGCAGCGGGUUCAGAAGCAGCCCCCGCCCGGGCCCAGCUCUGCCAGGUCCCUGCUGACCACCCAGUCGAGUGGGGACAGAACGUGAUUGGCGUCUGUGUCCCACCUAAAAGAACAGGAUUAAAGCUCAGGUUUGUCUUCCGUGUGUUCCUGGCAGGGGCCCUUGGGAUCUGGGGCUCCCUGGCCUGGCCAGAGCUGCGUCCCCCACAGGACUGGGAAGCGGGAGGGAGGCAGAGUGGGAGUAGGGGGACAGGAAUGCACUGACUGAGGAGGGGGAUUAUUCCAGAGGUGACCCUGCCUGGGAGGCUCAGAGAAGAGCUAGGCCUGUGUCCCCCGCCAGGUCAGGCCGGUGAACAUGGUGAGGGGGGGCGUGUGCCCUGGCGUGUCUUUCGGGGGGUGGGGCGCAGAGGGAUGCUGCAUUUCUUGCUGGGCAGUAAUCAAUUUAAUGGUCCUUUUAAAAUGUCUGUGUAUUAAAAAUUUAAGAAUACCACACUUUAAUAUUAAAUAUUCAUAAGGUCUAGUAUCUUGAUAAUAAUGUAGAUGUUUUAAUAACAACUUUUGUCCUUCUUAAAAUAAAAUGAAAGAAACUUGCUUCUUUUAGCCUUUGUUCUAGAAAAUAAACGUGCACUUUGACCUCGGUCCCCAAGGUGUCGCUCCUGUUCCUCCCU